AUGCAGUUAGGUAGUUUUGAUGUCAUAGUAGGCAUGGAUUUUCUUCGUGAGAAUCAUGCCGAAGUUUUAUGUGUCUACAGUGAAGUACUCUCAAAGGAGUUGAAGCUUGUGUCGUGUAUCCAAGCAAGCAAGUAUUUACGCAAGGAAUACUUCGCUUUCUUAGCUCAUAUUGUGGAGGCGAAGAACGAGAAGAAGACUGUGAAAGACGUUCCCUUUGUUUGUGAUUUCCCUACCGUUUUUCCUGACGACUUACCUGGCUUACCCUCUACUCGUGAUAUUGACUUUCGUAUUGAUCUUAUUCCCGGUGCUACUUCUGUUGCAAAGGCUCCCUAUCGCCUUGCACCAUCCGAAAUGUGCGAGUCUCCUAGCUAA